GCAGACCACAAAAAAGAUGUCGUUGGUAUUCGAAAAAGACAACAAAGAAGAAAUCGGAACAUUAAUAGAAGUUGGCAGCUCCAGCCCCACUCCGAUAAAUAGUAAUUUUGCAACACUAGAACAAACCAUCGAAAACCUGCAACACGAAAACGAACAGCUGCGCAAAAAAUCAGCUGUCCCAUUUAAUGUAAUAAAAGAAUGCGUUCCUGAGUUCAAUGGCGAAGGUGAUAUUGAUGUUUGGCUAACCUGCAUAAAAAAUGUUCAAGCCAUUUUCAAAGUUGAAGAUGACAUUAUGCGCUCACUCAUUUGCGCACGCAUUAAAGGCAAAGCCAGUGCUUGGUUCUUCGCAAACUACUCGCCUCUCUCCGCGGGCAUUGAUCAAAUUCUACAUCAACUUCGUGUCAUGUUUGGAAACAAGGACAACAUUCUGGAAACUCGUCGCAAGUUUGAACAACGAAAAUGGAUAUUUGAUGAAAAGUUCGUGGUGUACUAUCACGAAAAGUUGCUACUUGCCAAAGAUCUAAAUAUGAACGACGCUGAGACCAUACAAUACUUGAUUGAUGGAAUCCCGGAUCAACAGUUACGCAAUCAAGCAUUGCUUCAAUGUUUUGUCUCGACAGAGGCUAUGCUUAUGGCUUUCCAGCACCUGAACAGACCUCGUCCACCACCCACCAAGAUGCGUCCUUUCUUGGCUGACGUUAAGAACUACACAGGACCCAAGUCAGAUGUAAGCCAACCAGGGACCACAACUACAUCGUCACAGGCCAUGAAAUGUUACAAUUGCCAUAGCUUGGGCCAUUCCGCAGCCGAAUGCCGCAAGCCUGUACGCCCAGAUGGAGCUUGCUAUGCCUGUGGUGAAUACGGGCAUGUGGCCAGAGAUUGCAAGCUGUAUAAGAAGAACAUCAAAGAAACUAAAAACGAUUACAGUGCCUUCUAGACUCGGGAAGUCCGAUCUCAUUUGUUAAACAAUCAAUAGUUCCUGAAGGACUUAAAAUUCGUAACACUGAAGACCAUGAAGAUUAUGUUGGAAUAAAUAAUAGUA